UCACAUUAAGAACUUAAUACGUAAAUAAUGAAUAGAGCAUUGGGUAGAUGUAACUAUUAAAUGACUUUCCGACUUUAGUUUCCCCAGUAGUUGUAAACAAAGGGGUAGUUAAAGAAACGAUAUUUGUUUAACUAAAAAUUACAAGAAAUAUCAACAGAAAUUGUGCUUCUAAGUUGCUUUACACUAUGGCAAGCUGCAAGCCAGUUACAUUAGCUUUCAAAGUCUUUGAAGCUAGCCAGGAUGUCGAAAGGAAAAAUCCCAUAAUAUUAUUGCAUGGUUUAGGAGGCUGUAAAGAACACUGGGAUGAUAUUCCACAAAAAGUAGCUGAAGCCACUCAUAGAAGGGUAUAUGCAGUAGAUGCUCGAAACCAUGGUGACAGUGAAAUGAGUGAUGAAUUCAAUUUUGAUUUAAAUGCAGUGGAUCUCAUACAUUUUAUAGAACAAAUAGCAGCUGAGAAAGUCACAAUUGUUGGGCAUAGUAUGGGAGGGAUAACAAGCAUGAAGACAGCUUUAAAAAUAGCCCCAAAAGUUGAUAAAAUAAUUAUCGAAGAUGUUGGUGUUUUAGUACAUAAAAAUAUUUUAAGGUUUAUAAGUAUGCUAUUUUCAUUACACGAACAAGCUCUCUUGAAUAUGCCUAAAGUUUCUACAAAACAAGAGGCUACCAAAUUUUUCAGUGAUUUUGUGUAUGAACGAAUUCCAGAUGCUAUAAAAUCACUCGUUAAAAACUCAGAGGACAAAAACUCGAAAUAUCUGAAGCAAAAUUCGGAUGGUAGUUUCAGCUAUUCGUCAAAUUUAAAAGUAUUGAGGAAAGCUUUGGAAAAUGUGGACACUCUAGUGUCAAAAUAUGAAGGUGUGUUUGAUGGUCCUUCGUACUUUAUCUAUGGAAAGAAAUCAAUGUUUAACUUGAAUAGAGAAGCAAAAUUAAUUAAGAAACAUUUUCCGAAGGCCCAGCUAGUUGGUAUUGAUGGUGCAACUCACGAUGUUCAUUCGGAUGCUCCUCACCCCUUCGUUGAUGCUUUGUUGAAAUUCUUAAAAGAAUGAUUACUUUUAUCAUAAAUGUUAUUUAAAAAAAUUUCAAACCUGGUAUUGUAUACAAUGUCGAAAAAAACUUUCAAAGUAUUAAACUAUUAAUCAUUUCUUGCUUUUAUUAGGUCUUGUAUGCUUUGAAAAUUGUUACCAGAAAUAUAUGAUGCGUCAUUAUUUCACUCUUUUAAUUAGUGUGAUUGUGCUCUAUUCGUAAUAGUCUAAAGUAAUUUCGUGAUGCAACAAUAAGGUGUAGAUUUUAUGUUUUUUUUUUAAAACUAUUAUGAACAGAUUACCAGGAUUAUAAUUUGCAUGGUUGAAAGUUUUUUUUAGCCAUGAAAUCAGGAGCGUUAUUCUUUAAAAGAGUAAAUAAAUAAACAACUAAUGCGCUUUUUGUUUCACUGAAAUUCUAAUCUUAUUGUAAAUUACUUAAAUAAGCUUGAGUACAAUGUUUAGGCUUGGAACACAAAUCCUAGUUAAAAUAUGUAACAUACCUUACAUUUCCUACUUUAUUUAAAAAUGCUAGUGCAUAUACAUUGUAUACAGCCAUUGUACAUAUACCGGCAUAUCCUAUAUUGUCGGUAGCAUAUAUUUUCUGUAAUAAAUGAAUUGUUUUUAAGGAA